GCCGGUCCUGAGAGGGAUCGGGACCGACAACUUCUGGGGGGAGACCUGACGUUGUUCAGUGAGUCCCGUUAACUUCCCCAAACGGGCGGCCGCGUCCCACUUCCUGGACACAACCUGCCGGGGUUGGAACGGGUUGCGGGUCCUUCACACCGAACCGCUGGAGAGAUGAGCCGCCGCUCCGCCUCUGUUGCUCGGGUCCCCGGACCGGGAUGAGGUGGUGUUGCCGGGACUGAUCCCAUCCGUUCACUUGUACCUGGGGAACGUUACCGCCAUCACCCGGCCCGGUAGCCGAUCCAAACUUCACCUGGAUCCAUACCUGGAGUCGAUAAUGGUUUUACAGCACACUGGAAGCGGCCGUUAGGCCCGUUGUUUUCUUGCAGACGGAGGGUUAAACAGAGUAAUCGCACCCUCGGGAGACACCUCCACGUGUAUGAGUAGUUCCAUCUUUCCCCGUUCAGACAGGACAGUGAGAUCCAGAUCUCUCACGUCCUCUCGGGGGACUGGGAAGUUUAUUUCCAUCUUCUGUCCUUUGGUACGGGUCGCCGAAAUGCUGACAGUGUUCCCGAUAUCUGGCCCCAUUAAUGCGAGAAUUAAGUCUUUCUCAUUUAUCUGGGUUUCUCGGAAAUGUGUACACUCUCUCCGGAAUUCCAAAGGAGCAACCCAGGCUGUCGAAUAUUCCCACACGAUUGAAACGGGGAUUUUUAUUUGACAUGAAACGUGGCACAGUGAACAUCCUGUCUUUGCCAUCAAGCAUUACAACAGUACAUCGAGGUGAUAUAAGAGCAGCAUAAACUGAUCACACCUGUCCUCAAAUGGCUCAGUGUUCGAGCAGGGGAGGAGUUCCAGUGGCUUCAACAUCAGGAAAGGACACGGUGAUCACCGAGCUCCUGGCAAGCUGGAAUGACUUCCAGCUGCUGCAUUUGACGGACUUCUACCGGGACAGGCUGGAGCAGGCGAUGGAAGGAGGGGUGCACGGAGUGAGCCUGGCGUUAACGGCCAAGAAUCAGUUCAGUGGAGAGGAACAUCGGAAAAUCUCUGAUCUCGCUGAUAAGGGAGAGCGGGCGGACAGUUCUAAACUCCUCCUGAGCCUGGUGACGGAGAAAGGCUCCCGCGCCCGGAGGGUGAUGUGGGAAACCUUUGUGAAAAUGCGGAUUGGUGUCCCAAAGUUUGACAAAAUACUGAAGGAAAUACAGGAACACGGUUGUGUUCCGGUCCAUCGACCCGUACCGGAGAUUCCCAGAGAACUGAAAGAUGUUCAACAGAAACACAAGGAGACUCUGCGGGCACAAACUGAAACACUGAGAGUGAACACGAUCCUGAUGAGGGAGAAGGUGAAGGUUUUCCAGCUGGUUGAUCGAUACGCUGAGCUCACGGUCAUUUCUACUGUUCGAGAUCGGAGACUGGUGGAACAUGAGCUGCUGGCAAGAGGUAGAGACCAUGGCGAUUGGAGAGAAAAACAUCUCCGCAGAGAACUGGAAAAAAUCCAGACUGAUCAGUUGUUCCAGAGCAGCUUUUCCUGGAGUAAAUCCAAAUCUGGGAGUUCGGCAGCAGUGGCUGGAGUCCCGGGGAUCGGGAAAACAACAAUGGUACAAAAGAUUGUUCAUGACUGGGCCACGGGGAAAAUAUUCCAACAAUUCCAGUUUGUCUUCAGUUUCAAAUUCCGCGAUUUAAACUCCAUUAACUGCAGGAUAAACAUGAGGGAACUGAUUCUGGAUCAAUAUCCCUACUUUGGGAAUAUCCUGAGAGAGGUCUGGAAGAACCCAGAGGGAUUGCUCUUUAUAUUCGAUGGUUUGGAUGAAUUCAAGCACGGAAUCGAUUUUGCUGACUGUCGGAGAGAUACAGAACCCAAGCACCAGUGCCCAGAUCCUGAGUGGUGGUGUGAAGUGUCUGACAUUGUGUACAAUUUAAUCCAGGGCAAGCUGCUCCCAGGGUGUUCAGUGCUGGUCACCACCCGCCCCACUGCAUUACAUUUAUUGGAAAAGGUUGAUAUCAGUGUCUGGGCUGAAAUCCUGGGAUUUCUUAGUGAGGAGCGGAAGGAAUAUUUCCUCAGACAUUUUAAAGAUCAGACGGUGGCAGAAGCUGUUUUCAAACACGUGAAGGAGAACGAGAUCCUGUACACCAUGAGCUAUAACCCCUCCUACUGCUGGAUCCUCGCUCUGACACUGGGCCCCUUCUUCACACAAAGAGUCAGGGACCCACUGCGAGUUCCCAAGACCAUCACCCAACUGUACUCCUACUAUAUUUACAACAUCCUGAAAAACCACGGCCGUGAGAUUGAGAACCCCGGUGAUGUGUUACUCAGGGUUGGUCAGAUGGCCUUCAGAGGAGUGUCUGAGAACAAGAUUGUGUUUACAGAUGGAGAUUUGAUCAAGUACAAUCUGCAGCCUUCCCAGUUCCUGUCCGGGUUCCUAAUGGAGCUUUUGGAGAGAGAGGAUUCUGCUCGGAGUGUGGUAUACACAUUCCCACACCUCACCAUCCAAGAGUUUGUAGCUGCAGUCGCACAAUUCCUGAAUCCACAUCCCGGGGAUAUCCUGAAAUUCCUCACUGAAACCCACAACACGACAGAUGGGCGAUUUGAGGUAUUUCUCCGUUUUGUUGCUGGUCUCUCCUCCCCAAUGACAGCUCGGGGUCUGGAGGAGUUUCUGGGUCCAUUUCCUCAUCAAACAACCUGCCGGGUGAUUGACUGGGUGAAGGAGGAGGUUGAACGCCAGAGUGGAAACACAGGGAGUGAAGCUGGUAAAAGGAGCCUCCUGAACACAUUGCACUACCUGUUUGAGUCUCAGAAUCGUGGACUGGCUCAGGCUGCACUGGAAUCUUUGGAAAUACUUUCGUUCAGUGGAAUGACACUGACCCCGAUUGACUGCGCGGUCCUAUCUCAUGCCAUCGGACUCUGUGAUACAAUAAAACAGCUCGACCUGGAGAAAUGCCGCAUUCAGAGUGAAGGAAUCCAGCAGCUGGGACCCGGGCUGCACAAGUGCCAGGACUUAAGACUUGGGGAGAAUAAACUGGGAGAUUCAGGAGUGAAACUGGUGUCUGCGGCUCUGAGGAACACAGAGAGUAAAAUACAGAAACUGGGGCUGGGGGAUGUCGGUCUCACAGAUUCUGGCGUCGAGGAUCUCGCUUCCCCUCUCAGUAAAAUAUCAUCACUAACGGAGCUGGAUCUGGGUAGUAAUAAACUGGGAGAUUCAGGAGUGAAACUGGUGUCUGCGGCUCUGAGAAACCCGGAAUGUAAAAUACAGACACUCGUGCUGGACAAUGUCAGUCUCACAGAUUCUGGUGCCGAGGAUCUCGUCUCCGCUCUCAGUACAAACCGAACGCUGAUGGAGCUGGACCUGGGUGAUAAUAAACUGGCAGAUUCCGGAGUCAAACUGGUGUCUGCUGCUCUGAGGAACCUGGAGUGUAAAAUACAGAAACUGCGGCUGGACAAUAUCAGUCUCACAGAUUCUGGUGCCGAGUAUCUUGUCUCUGCACUCAGUGCCAAACCAUCACUGAAGGGGUUGAGCCUUGGUUACAACUCGCUGACAGACCGAUCUGUACCCGCUCUCCGCCGCCUCAUACUGACCCUCCCGAGUCUGGAGUGGAUCCGAUUGUACGGGAAUUGGUUCAGUGUGACUGGGGAGAAGGAACUGAGAUCUCUACGGGAACCCAGACCAAGACUGACAGUGUCCCUGUGAACAUCUGUAUGUGCGAACAUCCCCGCCCGCAGGAUGGGGACAUUUUAGCCAAUUUCCCACCCCCAUCUUUCACUCCCGCCCUUACUUUUCAAGGCCACACGCCAGGUUUAAUUCUCAACUGUUCUGACGGAACCGGCUCCAGUGACGUGUGUCCGCCUGCUGUACGGCGGCGCAGCUUCCUCCGGAUGUGCAGGUUCAAGACUCCCCGCCACGUGAGACCCCGAACUACAUAGACAGGAAGAGCCUGGGGGCCAGGGCUCAGUCUGGGACACCGGUGUCCCGGGGUGGGAUUAUCCCGGGAGAGAAUCCUUUUGCUCCCUUUGCUGAGGACGGUGCAUUCGGCAGUCUGGCCGAUGUAAUGAUGUCAAAUUGACAAAUCCCUCUACAGUGACCCUAGAUCAGCAGCGAUCCCGACACAGCCCUGAAGUGUGAUUUUAUAAUCAUCGGUUCCCCGAUGCAGAGUGACCGUGAGAAACGGGACUGAUUAUUCAACCGGUCACUCGUUGUCACCGGUCAGUUAAUUGUGUGUGACUGUGAGUGAGUCGGGAGCAGCUUAUUUAUUCCCGCACGUCAGCAGCUGACACAUUGUUUAAUUUACAUUUGUCAUGAUGAAAUCAAUAAACCGCUGUAACUUCC